AUGUCGUUUGUGGUUGACCAAGUGCGCCGCAUAGACAGCCAGCUCGACCGGCUGCAGCUGUCGUCGACGAGAACCGGAAGCUUCUCCAUCACGGCUGAGGAAGCCCAUGACCCCACCAAGACUACCCGCAUUGCCCAUCUACAGAACCUCAUCAAGUCGCUCUCCACGACCACCUCAACAAAACACAGUCUUGUACCUGUAGCGAGAAUAUCAGAGACGCUACAGCGCGCCAACAUUGCCAGCACCUGGGAGGAUGCGAGCUAUGAGCACGAGUUGGAAUGGCUGCUGGUCAGCAAGGCGACGACACAGGUCUAUGGCCAGAUUCUGAACACAAUCUUGGAACAGACGAUUCCUCUCGAGGACGACUUGUGGUAUUGGGACGAUAUUCUCUCCACGUAUCAUUUUGCCGGAUUGUAUUCGAUACAAACAUCACCGGUCCGGGUGUGGAAGUGGUCGCAGGAGAUAUACCACGAUGUGCGCUCAAGAGGCGGCCAACUAGCUGUUGGAUGGAGCCAGUUCUACGGCCUAGUCAAGGAUGCAGUGCAAGAGCGGAGUAUCGCAAAUAUACAGCGGAGGGUAGUAAGUCCGCUCGCACUCGUACGGAACGAAGGCAGGAGAAAGCGAGCAGCCCUGCGCAAGAUACGACUGGUCAAUGCAAAUGCGCUUGGCGUGCUGCUAGGUGAAGGUCUGGGCAACGAGAGUGUACACGAUGACGGGACACAGUCACCCACGCUACUUGGCACACAAAGGUGGAAGAGCGUCAUGUCCAAAAACAUUGCCCUCAUGGACGCCGUCAUCCAAAGUGUGAAUGCUGCGGAGCUUUCUGUCGAUAAGUUUGACGAUUCGGUUGCAGCCAUUACACAGGACGAUGACUUCUACUCACUAUAUGAACCUUCUGGCGAACAAACCGCAAACUCAGUGAACCCCGCAGACGUAGCAGAGCGUCUUCAAUAUCUACUCCACACUGCUUUGCCUAGCUAUACGGCAAACUUCAACGCUUCCGUCAAGGAGAAUGGACGUCCUUCUCGUCUCAUCCGCUAUUGGCUCCCUGCAACUGCACUCCUCGUCUCUUCAACCACCAUUUUGCGCAUCUUUGUCAACCGAAAGGAAGAGAUUGCAGCAUGGAUCCGGGAAUUCGGGCAGACUGUCAUUGACUUUUGGGCCAACUGGGUGGUGGAACCUACGAUGAGAAUAAUUGGAACCAUCCGCCACAACGAGGAUAGCGAAGUGUCGAUUAUGAGCAAACGCAGCUUGGAGUCUGACCGCGCAAGCCUUGAGCGCAUGGUGGUGGAUUUCGCCAUCAAGAACCCCGACGGCCCAGCGUUGAAUGAGACACAGAUUGCCGAUAUCAAAGCAAAAGUCCGCGAGGGCGAUCUGACUACUGUCUUGAGAUCGUACGAAAAGGACAUCCAGAGCCCGGUCAAGGGAGCCAUUGUGGGCAACUUGGCCAGUGCACUUCUUAUCCAGGUUCAGAAGACCAAAGUCGACGUUGAAGUCGCUAUGAGCGGUAUUGACAGCAUCCUCAAGAGUCAGGAGCUUCUCUUUGGCUUUAUCGGUCUCACACCCGGUGUGCUCGUAAGCAUCGGCGCCUACCAAUGGCUUCGAGGCGUCUUCAGCAGUCGCAAAGGCGUACAGCAGUGGGCAAGGCAAGGUCGCAUGCUGCUCAUUCUCCGCAACAUUGAUCGUAUCCUGACUGGCGCAACACCUACGGAAGACGGUGAGAUUUCGUACAAGGACCAUGGACUACUACUCUGCGAGGUGCAUCUUUUGCGCCAAGCAGCGAGCGGUAUCCUACCGCGACGCAUAUUCCAAGACUUCCUGGUAGAGAUUGAUGAGCUCGUCGAUGUACGGAGCGGGCUGCAGAGGCAGCAAAAGGUGGUGGAGCGCAUCCGGUGGGCGUACUCGAAAUGGUUCACUUGAGGGCAUCGUGGCGGGGAUGACCCCAGCCGCGCGGCCGCUUCAUGGUCAGCGUAUAUAGCCAGCCCAAUGCAUUAUACACCCGCCU